AUGUCCGAGAUUGCGGUGUACAACGUCAAUCCUUCCUCCACCAAACACGACGUUUCCCGUGCGCUGGCCGGCCUGCUGCACAAUCCCCCGUUCAGUACUCAUUGGCCGGUGCCUCUCAACUUCGACGUGGUCCUCAUACGUCCGAAAGGCCGUUCGCACGGUACUCAUGCGCACAACGGCACAGGAUAUGUGACAUUUCCUACUAUGGAGAUCGGGCACUUGUUCCUCCAGGCGUACGGGGCUCGUGGCUCUGGCCACUGGCCACAGAAGACCUGCACUGUCGGCGGUCGCCCUCUCGUCUUUCGAGUGAGCCGGGGAAUCCCUGACGCCAACGUCAUCAGGCGUCUCUUGCGGUGCCCGUACCAGGAUUCCAAAGCGCUGGAGGCCCAGGAACAGCGCAUGCAUGAGUUAUCUUCCCAGUCCGUGUCCGUCAAGACUGUUCAAUUCGGUUGGGACUGCCGCGACGGCACGUUCUCCGUCGAGUGGGAACGGGACGUCAACGACAAGGCCAUGCUUUGGUUCUCUGACGAGAAUAAGCAGCUCCGCCUUAGCAUUCGCCAUGGUCGUGGCGCAUUUCUUGUGGUCGGUAUCCGCCACGUCUCGAUCAACAGACUGUCAGCGUAUAAUCACGGAGAAUCGUCGGCCGUUUGGUUGAGCUUGAGCGUGCCGCCCCGAUUUGAGCUAGAGAGGAGUGGUACAGGCGCCCCAGGCACACGGGCACCUCCUCGCCAGCGUCUGUCCUGCCUUCCUUUCUCGGGGCAUGGGAGCGUAGCGCCAUAUACCGCCUUGGCCAUGCGCCUAGUUUUAACGUCGGCAAAGCAGUUGCAGAAGUUCAAACGACUGGCUGGGGUAGCCCAACUGCACUCCGUGCACACCUUCCAGGUUACCGUGGGAAGACGCGCAUUGUUCUCCCCCACUGUGCUCGAAGAGCUGCGUCUUUGGAUGCGACACUUCCCUUGGAGAGUCUCCUUCCAGAUAGAGGCGACCGUCAACAACUUGCUCGUCGAUGCGACUGAGAUGCUUCGCCUCAUCCCUCGUAUUGGAUCACUCAUGGCAAGCCAUGGAUCGAGGAAGGUGGCUAGCCUCUUGAAGCUCUUCCGUGAGCGCGUGGCUGGUUGGUGGGACAGAAGCGACGUACCUCCCUCUCAGAAGACUCUCGAAACAUGUUUCGGACGUGCAUUGGCCGAUUACGAGCUGCAGUCUUCGCUCCCUGACCCUGAUUCUACGGCGGAUGCGAAUGUUUUCUACAGCCACAAAGUGACAUUGACCGCUACAGGGAUGUUGUUAGAUGGCCCGUUUCGGGAACAGUCGAACAGAGUCCUGAGAACUUAUCCUCGAGAGCACCACGACUGCUUCAUCCGCGUGAGCUUCAUGGAUGAUGGCUCUGUUCCCUAUCGCUUCGACCGUGAAAUCGAUAGUCGAGGCUUCGUGCGAUCUCGCGUGGGGAAGGCGCUAAAGGAAGGUCUGGAGGUCGCCGGUAAGAGGUAUCAUUUCCUGGCGUACUCCCUAUCGGCUCUAAAGGAGCACACUGUAUGGUUUGUCAGACCAUUCGUGUGUAGUGACAGGCACGGAGAAACGAUACGUGUCGAUGCUGCGAGGGUCAUCGCGUCGCUUGGGACCUUCGACAAUGCAACCCGAGUGUGUCCUGCUCGUUACGCUGCGCGCAUAUCGCAGGCGUUCACUGCGACGGACCAAGCUGUCGUGGAAGUCGAGGAGAUCGUGUACGGACAGGACAUCAUGACACCAGAUGGGCGUUACUGUCAUACCGACGGGGUCGGCACGCUAUCUCUGGAACUCGCAGAACAAAUUUGGGCCGAGUUGCAGGAGCGAAAGCGUACGAAGCGGCGUAUCGACACUCCCAGAGCAUUUCAAGUACGCUUCCAAGGCUCGAAAGGGAUGCUUUCUGUCGACCACAAGUUGCGCGGCGCAGUCAUUGUGCUGAGGCCUUCGAUGAAGAAGUUCGAUGCACCAGACGAGCCCUACGUGGAGAUCGCGAGAGCUUUCGAUGGACCUAACGCGUACUUUCUUAACCGACCUCUUAUCAUGGUCCUCGAGGGACUCGGCGUGUCGUACGCCGUGUUCAAGAAGUACCAAGACGCGGCUGUCUCUGAGGUCAAAGGCUCUAUGCGCGAGAUAAUGAGCACCGCACAGCUUUUCGACAAGUACGGAUUGGGCACUAGCUUCAGAGCAUCAUCCGUUCUGAACAAUCUAUCAAAGCUAGGCGUCGAUCAUCUCGUCGGGGACAAGUUCUACGACAGAUCGCUGGUGUUCGCGGUCAAUCAUAUCCUUCGUGACCUUAAGAAUCACGCGCGCAUCCCUGUAUCAAAAGGCUACACUCUCGUCGGAGUUGCCGAUGUGCACGGCGCCCUGUGGGGAAGCGAGGUGUACGCGUGCGUGCGUAAUAGAGAUGGUACAUUGACCUACCUCGAGGGCGACGUUCUCAUCUCUCGCUCUCCUACCUGCCACCCCGGAGACGUGCAGAUAGCUACCGCCAUUGGUCGCCCGCCAACCGGGAGUUCCUUUGCAAGAGAGCCUUUACCAAAUAUGAUCGUAUUCUCCACACGCGGACGGCGACCAUUGCCCUCAUGCCUGGGCGGAGGAGAUCUGGACGGCGACUUGUACAAUAUCAUUCCAUUGAAGGACUGCCCAGAGUUUAGGCCCCAGAUGAUCAGCGAACCUGCAGCUUACGACCCUGCACCGAGGAGGGUGCUCAACAGGCCCAGCACCAUGGCUGACGUCGCUGACUUUGUAGUUGACUACAUCAACUCCGAUGUUCUGGGCUUGAUCGCGACCAAUUGGCUGAUCACGGCUGAUCAAAGCCCGGACCACGUCUUCGACUCGAACUGUAUGAUCCUGUCGCAACUGCACAGUGAUGCGGUCGACUAUCAAAAGUCGGGACAAGCCGUCGCAGUGGACAGGAUACCGAGACUCAGGUACAGCGCUCGACCAGACUGGAGUGCGCCGGAAACAGUGAAUGCUGCGAGUUCCACAACGCACUAUAAAAGUCGUCGUGCACUCGGUCGUUUGUAUCGGCGGAUUGACUUGCCCGACGUCGACCCUGCCAGGGAGGAACAUCGCCAGCAGCAACGACAGAGGCGGACUAGGAACCUCGAUGUAGACGAUCUUGCCGAGGGGCUUGCCGACAUCGCGCUGGAUGCCGACGAAGACCCCGUUCAUCUGACAAUACGGCAGCGGGUCAACAGCUUCAUAGAUACAGACGAAGAGGCACCUCAGCGCGUGCGGGACACUGUCGCCCAGCUCUUCCGGUAUCACGCAGGAGAGCUGCAGGGUAUCUGCGCGACGCAUGUGCUGUCGCAUCGUCGAACUUCUACAUUGACGGAGGAGGAGGUAUUCGUCGGCACUAUCAUCGAGAAGACAAGCUUGCUGCGAAAGCGAAGGGAGACCAUGGCGACUAUGCGCGAGCACACGGACUACCUCGUUCGUCAUAUUCGCUCUCAGCUUGCCGCCACGGAGGAAGAGCCGCUGUCGACAGGUUUACGGCGUGGUUGGGCCGCGUGGCAGCUGUCCUUGGCUGAGCAUAAGCUGUUUGGUGCAAAGACCUUUGGUUGGGUUGCACUUGGUUCGAUCUUCGAUACGAUGAAGGAAAUGGAAGAGGCGGAGAACGAUGUACGAAGUAUAUGGUAG